UUGAACAUGGCAGGUGUUUUCACAUCUACGCUUCUUCUUCUUCUGUUAAGCAAAUGCUUUGCUGUCAUAUCAGGGGCAUGUAAUAGUGCUUACGGACCUGCAGGCGGAUAUGAAUGUGUGGCAUUGUCAAAGUACAAUGGAAUUCCUCAAUGGGCAACUUGUUUGACGGACACCUACAUACAAGCAAAGUCAAAGAGUAUGGGGAAGAGUCAUCAAUGCGAGAAUAGGUCGGCAACUUAAUGUUAUUACCAGUGUAUGUGCGAGAUGAAUGACAAAUGUAACGGCCCAGACGUCUAUAGUAACUGUUCCUGUGAUCCUAACCGUCCACAAACACAAAUAGAAACGACGGCCAUGUCACCACGACCAACAUUACCGCCCUGGUGUUUCAGUCCCGACGGUCAAACAUGUUCCUGGUAUCGGGAGUGUCUGGAGGAGAGGUAUCAUUGCGAGGGAACGGAUGCAGCGUACGCCAUUAGCUACGCCGAAAAGUUCUGUGAUCUGUACUCGAACCACUACCGGUCAUUUUCUGUAGACGGACAACAAUGGAUUGACGCGGUCAGGAAGUGUUUACAGGUAGGGUUGGUGCCUGUGUUACGUCCUUGGGUCAGCGCUACGUGUUCAGAAAUCAAGAAUAGGGCGUUCGCUUCCCACACCAAUUGUUAUACAGGCCCGUCUUCUGGGAUCUCAUUCUGUUCUUUAAGUCUGGGAGACAGAUGGAAAGUAUUUUGGACAAUCAAGAGUGCUUUCAUUGGUUCCUUUGUAGAAACACUGAAGGGUAUAUGGGAUACCAUGUACAAAUGUCUGAGAUACAACUCUAAUCCAGUUAGCGUUGGAAAUAACAAUGUAGAGGUCACUCAUAUCUUUGUGAAAAAGCAGGAUUUUAUGGAACGCAAUCCUGACGAAUUUGCUGGAAAAGCAAUCGAUUACAUUGCAGUAAAUGAGAAAUGGGACUUAAAAGCAAUGACUUGGUUUAGCUACAGUGGCUUACCAAACAAUGACACCGGUCGCUUGUCAGAUUUCCGUAUAGACGUCAUACUUGCUUCUAAACGUGCUUUUGACCUGAACGCCCCUAACGCCAUCGAUGUAAACACAACAGAAACUGUGAUGUCAUUCGCAAAUUCGGUCCGAAAUGGUCAGAUCCGAUUGACGGUGGAUGGUGCUCGAGUUGAUGUUCUGUCUAUGGAGGCCUGCGCUGACAUUGAAUGUAGCCGUACAUUCAUCGAGGUGGUGGCACCGGUUAACACAGGAACAAGACCCAAGAUAUCAGGAAUCUUCGUCCUCAUUGUCGGCGUUUUAAGCUUUGUUUAUAGAAAGUUUUAACUAUUAGCAGUGUAUGUGUACACAUUGUUGAUUUGAACUACCUGUGCGAUGUUGGAGGAAACGUUCCAUGACUAACAUAUGUCUACCCGAAAGAUGACACUUUUUAGUAAAAUAUUGAUGUAUAUGAAACUAAAGUAUUAGCUCGAGAAAUAGUUGAUCCAUUUUUAUUCAGGAAGACAGAACCCAUUUUGUUUUUUCUAUUGCACGGUGUAUAUCCUACACGUGGUGAAUAGAACAAGAAAUACCAUGUUUGUAAAUUAAAUGGGCCCUGAAAGUGAUGGCUUGCUAUUUUGACAUAUAAGCAAAAAUUCGAUAAAGAUCUUGGUUUCUAAACAUAACAUAUAAAUAAAUAGCAACGAACGGAGAUUUAUACUUUCGUAGCUUUUCUUAAUGCAAGAUGUCCGCUUGACCAUAACCGACAGCAGUAAAGUUAAAAAUGAAUGUUCUAUAAACUUUUCUAUAAAAUACUUUUGUUUAAUUAUAUGGUUUUUAAAAGACCGUUUCUCUACUAUAUUCAUUGUUUUGUUCCCUGAUGUUACCAUGUGUUUAUAUAUCAUUGUCACCCUUCUGAGUAAUUCAUAAUGAUAACCCUGUACUUUUGGCAGCUUUACUGUUGCCUAAAACUUAACUUUACUACAUUAAGAUUGGCAAAGAAAUACGAUUUUUUUUUAUUAAUGACUUAAGUUAUACUGCGUUCUUAUUACAGUUAAGUUUGAAAAAGAAACAGUGUCAAACAUUCCAGUAUAUACAUGCUUAUCAAAAUUAAUACUUGGACAAUCAGCAGGACUUUUUUAUUACUUCUUAAUUUGCAAUUGAGUUUUAUUCAUUUGACUUUUAGAUGCUAAAAUGAUUCAGAUAUUAAAAUCAAUAUUUAACAUAUGCGACUAAAGAAGGAUAUUGAUUUUGUUUACAAACAAAACUGAACCUUACACGGAUCAAGCGAAUCACCAAUCUUCACUAUUACUUCACAUGGUCAGAAUUCUUUACACUAUAAUCACUUAAGUAUGCAACUACGGGGUGCAACGACAAUCUACCAGCAUUUAUACAUGUACACCAUGCAUCGAAAGAUGAACACCCAUGCAUGCUAAGCAGCUGUGCCGCGAAACAGAACUCGAUUUAAAAUAUAUAUAAAUGGUCCAUAGCAAAUGGACACAUUCUUUUUUUCUGUGUUGUCACAUUUUAAUGGUUAUCUGCUUAGCUCCAAUUGAGUUGGCUGGGCAUCAAGAAAGAUCACGGGAAAUAAAAAGACAUGCUUUGUAGGUUGUUUGUAACAUCUUUUACUUAUGCCCGUUUGUGUUGCCGUGAAAAGAAGUUUGAUAUGUCAGACAACUCCUUUAAUUUUAAUGUUUGAGCAAAACGACAGUCGUAUUUUCCCUUCGUUUUAAAGCAUUGUUUAUCCACAUUUGUAAUGGAAUUAUUUAUAGAAUACAAAUUUAUUUAUAUAUCAGGCAACAACGUGAUGUAAUGAUUUAA